GUCACCCGGGGGCAGAAUCGAAAGUGAUCGCUCGGUGCGGAGCGGGUGCUGGUGCCGGCGGCGCCGGGCGGCGAGGGGCGGCUCCGCGCGCAGGACUUCUAACCAUGGGUGAGCAGCCCCGGAGGACCCUCUGAAGCCGUGAGCCCCGGAUGGCACUCCGCAGAGCCAGGCCAGGGAUGGUGCCCCCAGGGGCCGGCUCAUCACCCACCAGCCCCAUGGCCACCAAGGAGCUGUCUCUGGCCGGGCUGCGUGCCCAGCUGGACCUGCACCUGGCCUGCCCCCGCUGCAGUCAGCGGCUCAAUGAGAGUACCUACCUCCUGCGCAGGGUAGAGCACAGUUGUCCCCGAGAGAUCCUGCUGGCCCGCUUCAAGCGAGCCCCCAGGAGCCGCUUCUGGCACAAGGUGGACCGCCGGCCCAGCUUUCCACGGCCUGCCCGCUAUGAAGUCUGCUGGUACUACACCCCGGGGGUUGGCUGCCAGCGCCACCGCAACCAGUGCACCUUUGCCCGCAGUCCGGAGGAGGCGCUGGUCUGGACCUUUGAGCGUGAGCAUAAUGUCCGGCGUCUGUGGCUCAAGACUGAGCUGCAGGGCGAGGCCCGGGGUGAGCUGCGUGGCCCAGCGGAUGCCAUCCGUGCGGAGUAUGGUGGCCACUUCCAGCUACUGUGUUCCCACUGCUUCCGGUGCUGUCCUCCACGCCUCUGCCCCGUGGACCCCCAGGGGCGCUGCCCCAAGCAUGGAGCCUGCCCUGCGCUCCUGACCCACGUGACCACUGAGGGCCGCCGCAAGCAGCAGGUCGUGGAGGUGCGGCCACAGCCCCAGUAUGGCCAGCCACUGGCCUACUGCAUGUACGUGGGGCGCGGGCGGCCGUGCCGGCACGGGGCGUCCCGCUGCCAGUAUGCGCACAGCGCGGUGGAGAUGGCCGUGUGGGAGGCUGAGCAGCUGGACGGGCUCCAGCGGCGGGACCUGCUCUUGCCCACUGCCCCCAGAGAGGGUGAGCACAUGGUCCCCCACGGCCAGACCACUGCGGUCAGGCUGUACUGCCAUGCCUGCCUGGUCACCUGCCACUCCCAGGAGGCCUUUGAGAACCACUGCUCUUCCCUGGAGCACGCACAGAUGGUGGCCCUGGACCAGACUGAGUCCUGGGAGUACCGCAGCCCACCCAUGGGGCUCUCCACGUUUGAGCUCUGCCCAGAACCCAGCCUCUGUGAGUAUGGGGAGGUCUGCACCAAGGCGCAUUCCGAGCAGGAGCUACAGGAGUGGACGCAACGAGCACAAACCCUGAAGCUGCGGGAGCAGGCCGCCUGGCAGGAGGGGCUGGUGUCUUACCAGGCACGGCUGCUGGCUGAGUACCAGCGCAGCAGAAGUGAGGUCCUGGUGGCGGCUGAGACCGUCGAUGGCGUGUCUGUCACCUGCAGCCAGCCCUUGGUGCAUCAGGCGCAUGAGCAGAAGACUCAGCACAGCUGGAUAUUUGACAUCCACUCCGAGGAGCCCCUGCUACAUGUGGCCCUGCUCAAGCAGGAGCUGGGAGCAGACUUCUCGCUGGUGGCCCCCUGCCUUCCGCCAGGCCAGCUCUAUGCCAAGGGGGAGCGCUUCCGAGCGCGUGCCUCUCCAGCCAGGUUCCGGGUGGAGGUGCGCGUGCAGAGCACCUCCUUCGGCUUCUUCGAGCAGUGGGUGGUCUUUGACUUCGGCCGCAGGCCAGUGCUGCUGCAGAAGCUGGGGCUGCAGCUGGGCCAGGUGCGCUGCCCGGGGCUCCGGGCAAUGGUAGCACGCGGCCAUCCCGAGGAGCUGGAGCGCUGGCACACAGGCAACCGCCUCGUGGUGCCUGCCGUGGAGCGGACGGCCGAGCAGGUGGCCCUGGUGGCCAAGUACAAGGUUCCCGCCCUGGCGCUGGACUUCAGCCACGGGGGCCCGGCGCCAGGUCCUAUCUCCUGCGCCAACUACCGGCAGAGGAUGCACCAGUUUCUCUAUGAGGAGGAAGCUGCUCAGCAGCAGCUGGUGGCCAAGCUGAACUUUCGGGGCCCGGUGUGCCUGAGGACAACCCUGCAGACGCCGGCCCUGGGCAUGCUCUUUCCGCCGGCAGGAGCCCUCUAUGCCGAGGUCCCCACCCCCUCCUCUCUGAUGCCGGACACACACGAGGGCUUUCUGCUGGGCCGGGCGGUCAGCACAGCUCUUGUGGCCCCUGUGCCCGCACCUGACCACACGGUGUUUGAGGUGCGGCUAGAAACCCGGGCCAUCUCAGAGCAGGCGCUGUGGCUCCUCCUGCCCACCCACUGCUGCUCGGCCCUGGGGCUGCAGCCUGAAACCAGCCCCGUCUUGGAGGUGCAGUUCCAGAUCGACCCGCUGACCUUCCGCUUCUGGCACCAGGCGGUGGACGCGCUGCCCGAGGAGCGCCUGGUGGUGCCGGACCUGCCGACCUGCGGCCUGCCCGGGCCUCUGCCCACCCCACCCACGGUGCAUGGCAACCACAAGCAGAAGUUGGCUGUGGCGUUCAUUGCGGGCAGCCGCCCCAGGGGCAUGCAGCCCAUUGCCCCCCUGCUCAUCUACGGCCCUUUCGGCACGGGCAAGACCUACACUCUGGCGAUGGCCUCCCUGGAGGUCGUCCGGCAGCCCCACACCAGGGUGCUCAUCUGCACACACACCAACAGCGCGGCCGACAUCUACAUCGAGGAGCAUUUCCACCGCUACGUGAGUAGCGGCCACCCUGAGGCCUCUCCGCUGCGGGUGAUGUACACGGACCGCCCGCCCAGCCAGACAGAUGCGGCCACACUGAGGUACUGCCUCCUGACCGAGGACCGCCGGGCCUUCCGCCCCCCGACGCGGGCGGAGCUGGAGCAGCACCGUAUCGUGGUCACCACCACCUCCCAGGCCCGCGAGCUCAGGGUGCCGGCCGGUUUCUUCUCGCACAUCCUCAUUGACGAGGCCGCCCAGAUGCUGGAGUGCGAGGCGCUUACCCCACUGCGCUACGCCUCGCCCAGCACCCGCGUGGUGCUGGCCGGGGACCACAUGCAGGUCACGCCCAAGCUCUACAGUGUGGCAGGCGCCCAGGCCGCGGGGCACACCCUUCUCUGCCGCCUCUUCCAGCACUACCAGCAGGAGGCGCACGAGGUCGCCCGGCACAGCCGCAUCAUCUUCCACGAGAACUACCGUUCCACCGAGGCCAUCCUCAGCUUCGUCUCGCGACACUUCUAUGUGGCCAAGGGCAGCCCCAUCCACGCCAGUAGCAAGGUGCCUCGCCACCCCAAGCACUACCCGCUCAUGUUCUGCCACGUGGCCGGCAACCCCGAACGUGACAUGUCGGGCACGUCCUGGCUGAACACGGCGGAGAUCGUCCAGGUCGUUGAGAAGGUGCAGGACAUCUACCACAGCUGGCCCCCCUGCUGGGGCAGCCGGGAGCAGAGGCACAUUUGCGCCGUGUCCCAUGGCGCCCAGGUGGGUGCGCUAAGGCAGGAGCUGAGGAAGAGGGACCUGGGCCAGGUGUCUGUGGGCAGCUUUGAGAUCCUGCCAGGGCGGGAAUUCCGCGUCGUGGUGCUGAGCACUGUCCACAACCACCACAGCCUGCUGAGCUCAGGGGCACCUGCCCUGGGCUUCUUCACUGACGCCCGUGUGCUCAACACCGUCAUGACCCGCGCCCAGUCCCAGGUGGUGGCCGUGGGCAACGCCAUGGCCCUCUGCUCCUUCGGGGCCUGCAGCAAGCUCUGGAAGAGCUUCAUCCGCGAGUGUGUGAGGCACCACAGCGUCUGCCCCGAGACUCUGUCCCUGGAGCACAUCGAGCAGGAUGUGGUCCGAAGACAGCGCUGGGCCCUGCAAGCAGAGGGGUCUGUGGCAGCCGUGGCCCAGGACACUGUCCCAGAGGAGGGGGCAGCAGGGGCUCCAGCCAAAGAGCACGCAGCCACGGAGAGGGUGGGGCCAGCGGCCAAGGCUGAAGGGAGAACAUCCCUGUCCAAGACCUCGGCAGCAGGAGAGGACGCAGCCGCACAGAGGACAGAGGCCGGGGACACGGCAUUGGGGUCCGUGGCCGGGCGCUGCACAGUGGUGGGGGAGCCCGCCAGGGUCCCCACGGAGGCAGAGGACACACCAUCGGCAGGGAACUUGUCGGUGGGGGACAAGGCCCCCGGGAAGGCGGUGGCGGGGCCGAUGGCCACGGAAGAUGGGGAAGCCGAGGAGCCCGAAGACUCCGAGUCGGACUUCUGGCCUUCUGACACAGAGCUUAACGCCGACGACUCCAUCCUGCAGGAGCUCCUGGAUGAAGCCCGGAACGUGAUGGUGACCGUCCGGGAAGAUGGGCUGCUGGACACUGUCACCAGGCCCGAGUCCCCACACCAGGCCCAGCAGUACAGGAACCUGCCGCGGGCCACGCUGCGGAAGCUGCUGUGCACGGAGCCUGAGCUGUACCGCCACUGCGCCUUCGUGCAGGAGACCUUUGAGCGGGCGAAGGCCAUCCCGCUGGACAACACAGAUUCCGGCCCCAUCCAGAUCAGGGGCCGCUUGCACUGUGGGAUGGCCUUCAGCGGGGACGAGGUGCUGGUGAGGGUCCUGGGAGGAGACCAGGGCUCCUCCGGGAGGCUGCAGGGCCGCGUGGUGGGCGUGCUCAAGAGGAAACGCCGCGAGCUGGUGUUCGUGUGCCGCAUGGACGAGUGGGACCCUCGCCUCAUGACCCCCAUCGACGGCUCUGUGACCAAGAUCUUCGUGGCCGAGCUGAAGGACCCGCUGCAGGUGCCCGUGCACCGUGUCCAGCAGGGCCGCGUGCAGCGCGUGGGGUACGAGCGGCUCCCUGCCGAGGCCCGCAGCAGUCGGCUCUUCUGGGUGCGCAUUGUCCUGUGGCGGCAGCGCUUCUACUAUCCCUUGGGCAUCAUCCUGGAGGUGCUGCCCGAGGCCACCACCUGGGAGCAGGGCCUCCGCAUCCUGGACCUGGAGCACGGCCUGAGGAAGCCCUCGCUGGAGCCAGCCUCCAUCAGCAAGGCGCUGCAGAAGUACCGGGCGGAGCUCGGCCGGGCCCCUGACCGCCGGGAGGACUGCCGCGGCUUCCUGACCUUCACCGUGGACCCCCAGGGCGCCUGCUACCUGGAUGAUGCCCUCAGCGUCCGAGAUCUGGGCUCCAGGUACGAGGUGGCCGUGCACAUCGCCGACGUGGCCAGUGUUGUCCCCAGGGACGGGCCUCUGGACUUAGAGGCCCGCAGACAGGGCAUCACGUUCUACGCCCCUAACCGGGAGCCUGUGCCUAUGCUGCCAGCCGGCCUCUGCCGGGACGCACUCAGCCUCCUGCCGGGCCAGGACCGCCUGGCCAUCUCCCUCUUCCUCACCGUCGAGAAGGGCAGUGACCAGCUCCAAAGCCUGCACUUCGCACCCUCUGUGGUCUGCUCUGACCGUCAGCUGUCCUAUGAGGAAGCCGAGCAUGUGAUCAAGAGGCACCCGGGCGCUGGCCACGAGCUGCCAGCCCGCCUGGACUCUGUGGACGCCUGUGUUGUGGCCGCAUGCCACUUCUCCCGGGUGCUGCGCCGAGCCCGCCUGCGGACCGACUCCCACUACGAGCAGCCCAGUGAGGACUGUGUGCUUGGCUUCCGCGCGGCCCACGUCAUGGUCAAAGAGUACAUGAUCCAGUUCAACAGCCUGGUGGCCGAGCUCCUGGUGAGCAGCGAGCACACGCAGACCGUCACGCCGCUGCGGUGGCAGCCCGCACCUAGCGAGCACCAGCUCGGGGCCUUGUGUGAGAAGCACAGAGAGCUGGUGCCCCUGUCGCUGCACCUCCGCCACCACCUGCAGGGCCACGGCCCCCCCGGUACACAGAUCCACCUCCUGGGCUCCCUGUGGAGGCACCUGCAGCGCGCAGCCUGUGCUGGGGACCACGACUGUCUGGCAGACCUCAUCACCACGGAUGACAUGCACCCCUCUCUGGCUCCUGUGGGCCUUGACUUCCGCAAGGCGCUGGGCCGCUCAGUGUUUGGCCGCUCCCGCCAAGGGGGACGGCAGGUGGCCAGCCACUAUGCACUGCAGGUCGACUGGUACACGUGGGCCACCUCGCCCAUUCGCCGGUACCUGGACGUGGUGCUGCAGCGGCAGAUCCUGCUGGCGCUGGGCCACAGGGGCUCCACCUACUCCGCCAGGGACAUCGAUGGGCUCUGCCAGGAAUUCAGCUACCAGCACGGGCGCGCCCAGAGCUAUCAGCGCCAGGCCCAAAGCCUGCAUCUAGCCGCACAGCUCAAGGUCCAGCCGCAGAGCAAGCUGGGCUUUGUGGUGGGCGUGGAGGCGGGCACCCGUGGCUUCAGGCUGCUCUUCCCAGCCGACCCCGAGACCCUGCCUGACCCCUGCCCUGUCCACUACCGCUCCCUGCAGUUGGCGGAGCACCCCAGCGACCUGGUGAAGCGGCCGGGCCUGCGGCUGGGGUGGCGGCGCCGAAUCUACUCUGUGCAGGCGGACAGGCGGCCCUCCCCGGUGCCUGGCACCCUGCUGGACCCACACUGCCGGCGGGUUGAGGCCGCCCUGUGGCAACAGCUGCUGGAGCUGGUGCAGGAGGGGCGGUGGCCUGAGGCAGCCGCCCUAGUGCAGGAGCAGGGCACGACGGAGCCCCAGCCGCCAGAGCUGGGCUGCGUGUGGUGGAACUGCUGUGGCCAGUUUGUGGAGGUGGCCCGGGAGCUGGGCAGUGGGGACACGCUGCAAGUGCAGCUCAGUGCCGUCCUGCAGCGCGGGUUCCUGGUACCGAGUCUGCAGCUGUGCACCAUGGUGCCUGGCCUCACCCUCUGCCUGGAGCACGUGGAGCGGCCAGGCGCCUGCUUCCUGGACCAGAUGCCCCGCGCGGCGCGGGACCGCUGUCUCCACCUGGGCGAGUACUCCCGCGUGUGGGGGUCGUUCUGCUCCCUGGAGUCGGCCACCAGCGCAGUCUCUGAGGGUGACUCCAUUACGCUGCAGCACGUGAGCAUAUCCUGGGAUGCGGAGCAGGUGGCUCAGGGCCACCUGUGGGGCUCCUUCUGCCUGGAACCUUCCUUCCUCAGUGAGCAUUUCAUUGACCUCAACUUCGGCCACUGCUACCUCUGCAUCCGGCUCGAGGGGCUGCCAGCCAUGCCCGCUGCAGGGGAGCUGCACCCCCCCGCUGGUCCUGGCCAGCCUCCCCUGGCCGCCCUGCCCUGCUCAUCCCUCCUGAGCAUCGACCCUGACACAUACACGUGGGUGGCCCACGGGCUGAUGGAGCCCUGGGACCGGAAGGAGGGCUGGGCCGACCAGCAGGAGACCCCCAGGCGGAUGCACUUCUUCAUCCAGCACAUGGCCAUGGAGAAGGUUCCAGAAGAGGUGCUGAGACCUGGCACCCAAUUCACCAUUGAGGUUCUGCCCAAGCAGCUUCCUGAUAUUCGCAAGGAAGAAGCCGUGCGUAGGUUGAAGCGUGCGUCCCCGCUGGUCGUCAGCAUUGCGCUGGGCCAGCCCAUCCCUCCGCCCUGCCGCCUUCCUCCCCAGCAGACCCUCCACAGAGGGAUGUACAGCAAGCUUCUGGAGAAACAGACGUUCGACCUCCCUGGAGGCUGCCACACACUGAACUCCAGCCAGAACCGGGCUGUCAGGGCAGCCCUGCAGAAGCAGUUCACAGUGAUCCAGGGCCCACCAGGCACGGGGAAGACAGUGGUGGGUCUCCACAUUGUGUUCUGGUUUCACAAGUCAAACGAGGAGUGGGUGAAGGCCCGGGGCACCCCCAGUGAGGAGAAGCCACUGGGGGGUCCCUGCAUCUUGUACUGCGGCCCCUCUAACAAGUCGGUGGAUGUCCUAGCAGGACUGCUGCUGAGUAGGAAAGCAGAGUUGAAACCGCUGCGGGUGUACAGCGAGCAGGCCGAGGCCACCGAAUUCCCGAUGCCGGGUGUGGGCAGCAGCGGCCCGCCCAAGAAGACCCCCCGGGAGGGGAGGCCCAACCAGGCCCUCAGGAGCAUCACCCUGCACCACAGGAUCCGGCAGCCCUCCAACCCCUAUGCAUGGGACAUCAGGGAGUUCGAUGCCCGUUUGCAGAAAGGGGAGAUCUUCUCCAAGGAUGACGUCAGCCAGUACAAGCAGCUCCUGGGGAAGGCGCGGAAGUUCGAGCUGGAGCAGCACAGGGUCAUCCUGUGCACGUGCUCGUGUGCGGCCUUAGCUAGCCUCAAGAGGCUGGUUGUCCGGCAGAUCCUCAUUGAUGAGGCAGGCAUGGCCACAGAGCCCGAGACCCUUAUCCCUCUGGUGGCCUUCUCGAAGGUGGAGAAGGUGGUUCUUCUGGGGGAUCACAAGCAGCUGCGGCCUGUGGUCAAAAAUGAGCAGCUGCAAAAUCUGGGGCUGGAUCGGUCUCUCUUUGAGAGGUAUCACAUGGAUGCCUACCUGCUGGACACCCAGUACCGCAUGCACGAGGGCAUCUGUACCUUCCCCUCCAUGGAGUUCUACAAGAAGAAGCUGAAGACCUGGUGGGCCCUGAAGCGGCCGCCCAGCAUCCUAGGCCACAUCGGCAAGGAGAGCUGCCCCGUCAUCUUUGGCCACGUGCAGGGCCAUGAGCAGAGCCUACUGGUGUCCACAGAUGAAGGGAAUGAAAACUCCAAGGCCAACCCGGAGGAGGUGGCAGAGGUGGUCCGCAUUGCCAAGCAGCUGACCCUGGGCAGGACAGUGGAUCCCAAAGAUGUCGCCAUUCUCACUCCCUACAAUGCUCAGGCUGCGGAGAUCAGCAAGAGCCUUGGGCGAGAGCAUGUCACUGGAGUGACCGUGUGCUCCAUCACCAAGAGUCAGGGAAGUGAGUGGCGCUACGUGCUGGUGAGCACCGUCCGGACGUGCCAGGAGAGUGACCUGGACCAGCGGCCGACUAAGAGCUGGCUUAAGAAGUUCCUGGGCUUUGUCGUGGACCCCAAUCAAGUCAACGUGGCCAUCACCCGGGCCAAAGAGGGACUCUGCUUCAUCGGAGACCACCGCCUCCUGCGUUGUUGCCCUCUCUGGCGGAGAUUCCUGGACUUCUGUGAGGACCAGCAGACUCUCGUGCCCGCCAGCCAGGUGCGAGUUCGGAGGAGGCCAGCGGUGUCUCCUUGAAGAGCCCACUCUGCCCGCCCACUGCCAUCAGGCUGCCAGGACUGCAAGGUGAAGUCCUGAGCCCUCUUCUGUGGGCUGCCUUGCCAGGCCCCACUCAGCAGAAUCCUACGUGCCUUCGGUGGGCACUGCUGGCCACCCCGCCUACGUGGCUGGGUCUCUGCUGCGGUUGUGAGCAAUAAUCCCCUCCUGGAGUCUUGGCCUCUCCCCCGGGGCGGAGGCAGGCAAGACCCCCCCUGCCAGCGUGCACCUACACUUGGGAGGAAGAAUCCCAACUCUCCCCGCUGUGCUGCUUUUGUGGGGACAUUUGGUGACAGGGAACAUCUUAGGGGUGUGUGAUGGAGGGGGGGAGGUCCUCUGGACCUUCUGGUGUUGCUGGGAAGUUUUGGGGUGGGAAAGGGCAUCCCAGUGGGGCUCCUCUUUGGUCUUUGGAUGCCAUGCCUGAUCACACUGGGUGCUGGGUGUGGAGCUCAGCUGUCUUUCUUUCUUUCUUUUUCUUUUUCAAGUAGGCUCCAUGACCAGAGUGGGGCUUGAACUCAUGGCCCUGAGAUUAAGAGUUGCUUGUUCUACCAACUGAGCCAGCCAGGCCCCACUAUAUCUAUUUUUUAAAUAAACCAAACGCCAGUGUCCUUUUUACUGGAACAAGUUCCUUAGCCCCAACUUAGACAAAGAGGCCUCCCUGGAACAGAGGGCCUUUUCUCUAUCCCCACUACCCUAACUGGGACCCACAGCUCUGUGUCCUUCAGGGGUCACCUGCCCUUGCAGGAGGAAGGGCAGACCAGAACCAAAUGCCCACACAGCCUUGCCUGGACCAUGGGUGUGUGGGUGGGGACUGGGGUUGAGGUGCCCCUGGAUGGGCAGCCUUGUGCCUUCACCCUGAGCUCUACCUCCCCUUUGCAACCUGAAGCCUGCUCCCAGGCCAGGGCUUUAGGGAUAACCUAUCCUGUGUGUCUGUCUUUGUAAAGUUGAGGAUCUGCACCUGUCCCUCAGGGUCUCGGUGCAUUUAUGUCCUAACUGCUCUGGAAACUCUUGCCUUGAUAUCAGCCCUCACCUCAGCGCCCGCCCCCCCGCACGCCUCUCCCCAAGGCAGCUCUGACUCAGAGUCUCUGCACUUCCACUGUCCCUGUGGCCUGGGGGAUGUGGCAAACAAGUUGCUUAUACUAAGAGGGGCUUGCCCCCCACUGUGGCCUUGCUGCAGAACCGUCUGCCAGUGGUGGGGGGCGGGGGGGGGAGUGAUGUUCUGAUGUUUUCUACAAAUCAAUUUCUACAUUCCAAUUUUUAUAUAUUUUCUUGGACUCUGUGUUAUAUGAUUCAAUAAUAAUUUUAUUAUAAAGACCA